UGCGCGUCUGAAGGCCAAGGGGUUAGCUUGCAUAAGCAAUGCGACAGUCAUUUUGGAAAUGCAUAUGGAGGAUGUAGCUGAAUAUUGUGUGCCAAAAUCACCAACAGACGUAGCUUAUUUGUCCCAGCCGGCCUCAUUGGCCACUGCAAUCGGGAAAACAAUCGUUGGCUGACACUUCAGAGUUUGGUGGCUAGCCAUGAUCUUCUAGCAAAUGUUACAGAAACCCGAUUAAAAUUCUUUCCUAUUCUACACGAGGUCAUCCUUCCGCCGAGCCGGGCAGCUUUGUAACGAUAGGCCAAACUUAAUGUUGUCACUGGAACGUGUCGACGCGUAACGUGCACUAGCGACUUCGACGGCUACACUGUACUGUACCUCGGGUCAGACACUUAUUUGUGAUUGAUUAUUAGUACAAGCCCCCAUUUCCUUCACCUUCUUCGCACUCUUCGCACUCUUCGUACUCUUCGCACGUUCUUAACUCACGCACCUACCUAUUUGGCAACAUGCAUUAUAAUCCGUUCGACGCCCUUGGCCUCAAUUAUGGCCAAUACACAGACAAAGAAAUCCGUAAAGCGUAUCAUUGUGCAUCGCUUCAAUGCCACCCCAAUAGACGGCCAAACGAAACCAAGGAUCGGUGGCCCACACAGCAACAUGUGGAAGAGUCCAAAUUGUUUCUUCUAGGCGAUGGAGAGAAAAGGGUAUACCGCGGGUAUCCGAGAAUGUUCUUUCCCGAAAACCGCGACCCUGAUGUUUACAAUGCACCACAAUGCCCAUUCUACGUCUGUACCAGUUGUGGAGCAGUCGGGGACUGUUCCUGCGACGAUCCCCUCACCAUGGCUUUCACUAUAUGCGAUACUUGUCGUAUGGUCCUACCGCAACAUCUGGCCAGGCAGCAUGGCCAGGAAGAUCAUGGCGCUUGCGCAUUGUGUGGUGAAAUCCAGGAAGAUGGGCAUUUCUUAUCCAAGCACCCGGAUAAUGUGUGCUCUUUGUGCGGCGAACUCGAAAUGGGCAAAAUGCUACCACACCUUCAAACUAGGCACGCUCUUCACGACUGCGACAGUUGUAAGGGGAAGGAUGUUGCCAAGCUUGUUUCUCAUCUUCGAGACGAUCAUCGGGCCUGUCCACUCUGCCGCAAACCUUCUUCGUCCGAUUCGAUUAAUAAGCAUCUCUCGGGAUAUCAUGAAUGGGAUUGUUGUAAUGGUUGCGAUAGCCUGACGCCCGCUGACUUCGAACGCCAUUUACUAUCUGACCACAGCUGGGUGACUUGUCCAUUCCCUGACUGCCACCCUGUCAUGACCGGCAAAUUGUGGGCUCAUAUCCGUAACAAGCACGCCUUUCAACGCUGUCCAGGAUGCCCACCAACGGAAGCUGACUUUGCCAGAGCAGUUGACCAUACUGCAUUACACAGUUUUGAGUUCUGUGCUUAUUGUGAAAAACAUUAUUCUGCACUGGAUAUUGGCCACCAUCGAGUUGCGAGACAUGUUGGUUGCAAUGCCAGUAUUGUCACCUCGCAAGCCCUGAUGAGGUGGAACAUCAACUACAUAUUAUCGAUCAUAAGCUUGAGUCCUGCACAGAGUGCGCCAAACUUCAACCAUUCCAUGAUGUGGAGCGACACCUGAUCGAAGAACACCAUUGGCUGCGUUGUCCUUUUUGUAGGAAACCUCUUGAUGGGAGUUCCUUGCUGGACCACAUUCAACAGCUUCACAAGCAGUGCCCCAGGUGCAGCAG